UAAACUCGUUGUCGCAACUUGGCUAUAAAAUAAUCUCAAGCACCGGAGAAAAUGAGAUCACCUGGACUCUUCAGCGUGAGCUAUAAAUGUUAACAGAUAUAUUUCUUUCUAUGUCUUUGCUGUCUUUAUAUGUUUAGAAAUGGAUCAUGUCAAUUGUGAUCACACUCACUGCACAACUGCAAACCAAUCGGUUUGUCAGACACUAUCGGAAAUGGAAUGGGAGAGAGGAAUAUGGAAUGCUGCUUUUAAUGGUGACAAAGAAAAAGUGGACAAGUUAAUAAAUAAAGCAAACAAUGCUAAGGAAUUUGUGAAUAAGCCAGACAAUUCUGGGUACACCGCACUGCACUACGCCGCACGUAAUGGUCAUGUAGACAUAUGUAGAACACUGGUGGGGGCUGGAGCAUGUGUUGACGCUCAGACUAGUGGAUUGGCUACACCACUUCAUAAGGCUGCUGCUGCAGGUAAAGCAGCUACCGUGAAAUUCCUUAUUCAGUGUGGAGCAAAUGUGUUAAUGCAAGAUACGGAUGGCGAGACUGCUCUUCACAAGGCCAUAGCUAAUAAACGUACCGACCUGAUCAACAUUUUACUAGAAGCAUGUCCUGAACUUGCUAAUGUUAAAGACAAGAGAGGUCGUGUUGCAACCGAACUUUCACAGAACUGAAUAAUUUGAUUAUUAGAGAUUACUCUAUAGUGUAUUUCAUUGUCUUUCAAUCUGUGGGUCGCGACCCCCUGCGGGGACGCGAAGCCUCUGCCAGCCAUAAAGCAAUACAUACCUAAGUGAAAUAUUUUGUAUAUGAGAUGGGAUUCGCGUCAUGAAAAAUACUGGUCUAUUGAAUUGAAACAAGUUCAAUUUGUCAGAAAUUUUAUUUUUUCAUGAUUUCUAUAAUUUUAUUAAGUAUUUAAGUUAUUUUGAUGUCACACCUUUGAGAUUGUAAAUUAUAAAAAUUAUUACUAUGUUACUUCUGCUGUGCUGGAGACUAGAGGCUCUGUGAUUGUUGAGCCAAUUAGGAUUCUAGUUCUAGCUAAAUUGGUUAUUCAAUACUUAGGCUAUGGAAUGUCCAAUUCAGCUAGAACCCUAAAUGACGCAACAAUCACGAAACGUGACUGUACCAGUGUGCAUUGCUUUUAUAUGAAAAUAAUAUUGUUAUGGCUAAUGGCCACGUUCCCUAUAAUGAUAUAGGGAUAGGGUCAUUGGAAACUUAAGAUUAACAUGGUGAAUAAGUAUGAAAUGGUCCCUGUAUUGUUUAUAUUAUAUUAUUUUAUAUAGAUUAGAAAGCCAUAAUUAUUUUAUUGACAUCGAAUAUUGUUUACUUGUUUGAUAUAAUUUAAUUAGUUGGAAGUUUCGAAGUUAAUGCUGUGUUUUAUGUUAAGUUGUUUAUAUUUUUUUAUAUAUAGAGUCAUUUAUACAUCUUGCAGCCCUGUUACAGUGUUAUUUACAUUUCCAGGGUGUUGCGAUAUGUUUAUAUAUGUUAUUAUGAUUCUGUGAUUCGCCCAAUAUUAUAAUAUAAAACUUAUUUUGAUGCUUAUAAAGUUAUAUGGCACUUGAAAAAUCACAAAGGUUUUAAUUUAUAAGUAGUAGUAUAAAUAUAAUAGAAGGAUAUUUUUGACCAAAAUGCCAUUUUAAAGAUACCGUUUUAAUUUAUAAAAUAAAGUGAUGUUAAAUAUGUUAGGAACAUUUUUAAACAAAAAUAUCUCUAUACAUUUUGCUAUUCUAUUUUAUGUAUAGGUUAAGAUUAAUAAUGACAUUUCAUCACAAUAUAAUAAUAAGCCAUCUGUAGUCACCUUUAUUGCUCAUGGCAUCCCUUGACAACCACUAUCGAAGAUUCUUCACAUAAGAUAGGGUUACUUUUAUUUAGUAACCGAUAGAGUUAGACGAAAAGUCUGCAUCGAUUUUGAUAGCCCACGCAGUGCAAGCGUCAUUAUAAACGUCAAUCUUCUAUCAAAUUAUGACGUAUAAAUGACACUUGCACUGCGUGGGCUAUCAAAAUCGCUGCAGAGUUUUCUUGGUCUAUUUGCUUUAUACAAUCACAAAUAGUAGUGAACUCUAUGCUAUCGGCAUAAAGUUCAUCUUCAUGUCUAUUUCCAAGUAUGGGAUUGUGAAGUGAUUUUGAGAUUGGUUGUUGAGUCUUUUUGAAAGUACUAUUUCUUAGUCCUAUGCCUAGUUUACACCUGACGGAUUCUCAAUUAAAGUUAUUGUCGUUGUGGUGCAAUGUGUUUGUUUAAUUAUCGUAUACUUGCAAAUACUUAGUUGUUAAUUAUAAGAACCACAACGCGUGUUUUGAAUUAUACCUGCAUGUGUGUUUUGCAGUUUUAUGUCCAUUCCAAGAGGGUUAAUCUUAAGUUUUAUCUAAAAUAUCGUCAUGUGUAAACAAAGCAUUUAUUUCGUAAUUUGGUAAUUUUUGUAGCGGUUAUCGCAUUAGUAGAAACAUAAUCAAUUUUAUAUUUUCCACUUACACCUUUGUACUAACAAUGUUUUAGUAAUAAUAAAACGCAUGAAUGUAAA